UCAUGAGGAGAACCCCGGAAGAUAAAAUUGUGGCAGGCCAGAGUAGAUAAUAACAUCUCACUCUCGGUUUAUUUACUUUCCAGCACAUGUAGGAUGACAGAAGUCUUAAAUACUCAACGUCUAUGGGAAACACGAUAAAUUUAGCCAUGACCUAAUCGACAAAAGCUGUGGUGUAGCAAAGCAAACUUCAGGAAAAAGAAAGAGUUUCCAUUAUUAGGCUAUUUAAAGAGGAGGAAUCGGAGAAGGUAAAAAAUUAAAAUGGCUGCCCCCAUACCCAUCGCUAAUGGCAUUGGUGGGGGGCUGUCGGAACCAGAAAUAGUUGAAAUUCUCCGACCAUUAGAAAUCGGCCUAGUGACAACCUUGUUUUUCUAUAGAAAGAAACCAGAAAGAAGAACUUUAAAAGUCAAAUUAGAAACCAGGCAGUUGAUAUGGAUCAAAAGUGUUGGUGGACGUCCUGAAGGAGUAGUUAAUCUUAGGGAAGUUCAUGAAAUAAGAGCUGGCAAAAAUUCUAAAGAUUUUGAAAAAUGGUUUGAAGAAUCUCGCAAAUGUGAUAGUCGGGCCUGUCUCAUAAUAUUUUAUGGAAAUGAAUUUAAGCUGAAAACUCUCUCCAUUGUUGCUAACAGCCGUGAAGACUUCAAUGUUUGGGUAAGAGGAUUAGAAUACUUAGUACGUGACACUAAAGCAGCAUCGUUUCAACUUCACCUUGAAAGAUGGUUACGAAAGGAGUUUUAUAUGAUGGAAAAAUCUGGUUCAGAAGUGGUAACAUUAAAGAAUUUAAAGGCAUGGUUACCCAGGAUCAAUUACAAAACAUCAACAGGAAAAUUAAGAGAGAAAUUUCAGGAGGUUGAUACAGCAAGUAAAGGGGAGGUUGUAUUUGAACAAUUUGCUACCUUAUACCAUAAACUUGUCCAUGUCACAAGUAUUAUUACAGACAAUAAUGAUAAAUAUUUUGAUCAAGUUGGAGAUGAAAAACAAAUGUCUGUGGACAAGUUCAAAUUUUUUUUAAUGGAAGAACAAAAGGAGAUAAAUGUAAAUACUAGUGAUGUGAAGAAAAGAAUGAUGGAUUUUCUAGAUGAUACAGUUAGAGCAGCAGGUGGACUUUAUUUUACAGAAUAUGAGUUUUUAGAUUAUUUAUUUUCACCUGAAAAUACAUUAUGGAAUAGCGCAAAUGAUCCCCAAGACAUGACUCAUCCUUUGUCCCAUUACUGGAUAGCCUCUUCACAUAAUACAUAUUUAACAGGAGAUCAGUUAUCUAGUGAAUCAUCUUGUGAAGCCUAUGCUAGAUGUUUACGUAUGGGUUGUAGAUGUUUAGAAUUGGAUUGUUGGGAUGGACCUGAUGGUUAUCCAUAUAUCUAUCAUGGUCAUACACUUACUUCUAAAAUAAAAUUCUAUGAUGUUCUCAAGACCAUUAAAGACCAUGCAUGGGUGGCAUCAGACUAUCCUCUGAUUCUGUCCAUUGAGAACCAUUGUAGUUUAGGACAACAAAGAAAUAUGGCUACUGCAUUUAAAGAAAUAUUUGGGGACACUUUACUAAUGGAACCUGUUGAUAAAGAGGCUACAUGUUUACCAUCACCUAGUCAGUUAAAAUUUAAGAUAAUUAUUAAGCAUAAAAAGUUACCAGAGUGGGUGGAUGGUAAUGAAUGGAAAUAUACUGUAUCUAGUGAUGAUAGUGCUGCUGAAGCAGAUUUAAGUUUGUCAGUAAAGAAUGGUAUGAUGUACUUAGAAAAUGCAUUAGAUCAUACGUGGCAUCCCCAUUUUUUUGUGUUAAAUUCCAACAAGUUAUAUUAUACAGAAGAGACACAGCAAGCUGACCAGGAAGAAGUUGAUGAUGAUGAUGAUGGUUCGUUAGAUGGAAGAGCAGUUGAGGAAUUACAUUUUAGUGAGAGAUGGUUUCAUGGUAGAUUGGAAGGGGGCAGACGGCGAGCUGAAGAAUUAUUACAACAGUAUUGUUAUCUUGGUGACGGAACAUUCCUGGUUCGAGAAAGUGAUACAUUUGUUGGAGACUUCUCAUUAUCGUUUUGGCGGCAGGGUACUGCUAACCACUGUAGAAUUAGAUCUCGGCAGGAACGAGGCCAAGUCAAGUAUUAUCUCAUUGAUAAAGUCACAUUUGACAGUUUAUAUAAUCUUAUCACACAUUAUCGUCAUUUCCCACUACGUAGUCCAGAAUUUACCAUGAUACUUAAAGAACCUGUCCCACAGCCACAAAGUCAUGAAGGCAAAGAAUGGUAUCAUGAAGGUAUGAGCCGGGCAACUGCUGAAGAUCUUCUAAAACGAGUAAAUUUUGAUCGAGCAUUUUUAGUUCGGAACAGCGUUACAGAUCAAACCACCUAUGCCAUAUCUUUUCGAGCUGAUGGUAAAAUCAAACAUUGUCGUAUAAAAUUAGAGGGUAGAUUAUUUAUGAUCGGUAAUGCCCAGUUUGAAAGUCUGGUAGAACUUGUCUCAUAUUAUGAGAAACAUCCACUUUACAAGAAAAUGAAACUACGUUAUCCGGUGAAUGAAGAAAUAGUACAACAAUUAGAUAUGGCCCCAGAUGAUACUGGUAUUUACGGUACUCCUGAUCUCUACAUCAAUCCUAAUGACUUUACAACUAAACUUCGUGUAAAAGCACUACAUGAUUAUUCUGCUAAUCGUACUGAUGAACUCUCCUUCUGUAAAGGUGCUAUAAUAACAAAUGUCUCAAAACAAGAUGGCGGCUGGUGGAGAGGUGACCAUGCCAACAAAAGACAACACUGGUUUCCUUCUAAUUAUGUUGAAGAAAUAGAAGAACAAACAGCUGCUAUAGAAUCUACACCAUUAGGUUCCUUGCAACAAGGUUCAAUAGAUGUACAAGGUUGUCGUACAGAAGUUUUACCAGCACGUGCUGGCAGGCCUUUUGCUUUCCGUAUACUUUCUCGAAGUCAAGCCCAUCCCCUUGAAGUUUCUUGUGAUACAGAAGCUGAUAUGUUGGACUGGAUAGAAAGAAUUAAUGAAUGUUCAUCUAGUGCUGUUUUAAGGACGAGUGAACAGAGGUUGUUAGAGAGAACUAAAAGAAUAGCUCGUGAAUUCUCAGAUUUAGUUGUAUAUUGUAGAGCUGUUCCAUUUGUACCUGAAGACAUACCAGGAUCAUAUUAUGAAAUGUCAUCUUUUCCUGAAACCAAGGUUGAUAAAUGGGUGAACAAAGCCAAGGCGAAAUUUUUCCUCAUGUAUCAUAGACGUCAGUUAAGUCGUGUUUAUCCUAAAGGACAGAGAGUAGACUCUUCUAACUAUGAUCCCGUACCUAUAUGGAAUUGUGGUUCACAGAUAUUAGCUUUGAACUACCAGACUCCUGAUCAACCCAUGCAGAUUAACCAUGGACGCUUCAGACAAAAUGGAGGUUGUGGCUAUGUUUUACAACCAGAAAUGAUGCGCAAUGAAGCAUUCAAUCCUUUUGAGAAGAAAUUUCUAAGUCAACUUAAUGUAGAACCCUUGUCAGUAACUAUAACUAUAAUAGGAGCUCGACAUCUAGUAAAAGCGGGGCGGGGUAUAGCCAGUCCUUUUAUAGAAAUAGAAGUCACCGGCAUAGAAUGUGAUACUCAGAAGUUUAAAACCGGUACAAAAGUUGAUAAUGGCCUUAAUCCUGUAUGGAAUGAGUGUUGUGUAUUAGAUAUUAUGUGUCCAGAGUUAGCUAUUAUAAGAUUUGUAGUACAGGAUGAAGAUAUUUUUGGUGAUCCAAAUUUUCUGGGUCAAGCUGUUUAUCCUCUUGCCCGUAUUAGACCAGGUUAUAGAAGUGUACCACUAUUUAAUGGUUAUAAUGAAGAAUUAGAAUUGGCUGCCUUACUUAUAAAUAUUGAUAUGAGAAAUCCAGAGGAGGAAGAUGGUGAUGUCUAUGCAUCUAUACAGGAAUUAAGAGAUAGAACUGAAAUGUUGAAUGCACAAAUUGAGGCUUUAGAAGUUUCAGAAGGUGCUUCUAAUGUUACUGAUAUGAAGUCACAGUUAGCAGAAACAGAAGAGAGAUUAUUGGCUAAACAUGAGGAAAGACGACAGAAGAAGGUUGCAACAAGACAUCAAAAAGUGUACAGACGUCAGUCUAACAUUUAAACUUUCUAUAUUUGUAACACACAUGUGGUAUGGCAUUAAUGUGUUAUCAGCAUUUAAAACAAGUCAAUCUUUCUUCUCUUUAUGUUUAAUGAAUGAAUCAUUAUUCUCACUGGUUGUUUUAUGUCACAAUCUUUUGUGUUAAUGAUAUUGGUUAAUGUGUAAUAAUUCUAAUUAUCUUUUAUAAGAAAUAUUUGUUCAACCAUAAGUGUUGUGUUCAUAAAGGCUUUUGAAGUGGUCAUAAUACAUUGCUAUGAAACUGCAUAAAAGUUUAACUUGGCAUAUGGUUAUUGUGUCUGGUCUUAUUUUCUAUUAUAAAAAAUGCUGGCAAUUUUUGCAUGAAUUGCACUAAUAAUAUAUUAAAUGCUUCAAAGUAUUUUGAAAUUUUACUGUGAUUCAGGAUUCGGUGACAUUGUUUGUGAAAAUGUCUGUCUAUAUUUUUAAAAUGUUAAGCAUUUGUCGAGACAAAACCUACAUGUAAACUUUCUCUAUCAAUAUGAAUAAUGAUAGUGAAGUGCAAUCAUUAUUCAUAUUGAUAGUGAUCUUAUUGUGACCAAAUAAUAUGUAAUUGAUCAUGAAAGAAAAAUAUACAAUAUCAUUACCUAUAUAGUCCCUCCAUGGCUGUUUAACUUUUUAUACACCCACAUUUCUAUUGUCAUCCCCCCCCCCCCCCCAGUCCAUCCAUCUGUCUGUCGUCCACAAUUGCCGGUGGAUGCUCUCCAAGUCAUCAUUAACUUUUGAGACAACUUUUCAUGAGACAAAGAAGUCUAUGGAUAUUCAACAAUUUCCAGUAAUCAAUUGAUCAAUUUGAAAAAAAUCUUCAUGUUCGUGAGUCAAAAGAAUUGUUUUCAAUUUGAACAAUAUAUAUAUUGUGUUUUCAUUCAAAGCAUAUUUGACAAAAUAAGACAAUAAUUCCUUUAUACUCUGGCCAUCCACAUCAGACCACCAAAUGAUAAUAACAUGUUUUGAUUGUCAGUAUGUCGAAUAACUGAUCUCUACUUGAUGUCUGAUUUUUACAGAUCGGAUUUAGUCAAUGUAAUUUUACUUGAUCAUCCACACACCACCACCACAAAAAAAUGGCAAUUAAACAGCCCUGGACCCCAUUCUCUACCACAAUUUACAUGUUUGUACAAUACAUGACCAAUUUAAUAUCAAUAUUAUGAAACUAAUGAAAAAAUAUUUUUUAAUUGUUCAAUAUUGUUGUAAGUAAAUGUAUAUUUUAAUAUAUUCAAUUGUUAAUGACUAUAUCGUUUAGAGGUAUUUCUGUGUACUCCACUCCACCACUAAAAGCCAAACUCGUGGAAUUUUUAGUUCUUCAGGUUCCUGAUAUAAUCCUUGCUGUAAGUGAUGUUUGUUUUUUCUUUAAAAUUUCAAAACAUAAAAAUUGAAAGAAAAGCAACCAAAUGAUUUUUGUUUUUAAAUACUUAGAAUAUUUUACCAAGCAAGGGUGGUACAAAUUUCAUAAUUCUUCCUGAAGAAUUAAAAAAAAAAUUUUUUGACCCAUUGAUGGACACCUGGUACCACUUUGAUUAUGGUAUUGCUCUGAUAUAUGGCAAAUCAAUCUACUGUCGUACAUUGAUUUUGUUAAAUUCAUCUAUUAGUCUUUGUAUUUGGACUUUUGGUUUGGAUCAUUUGGUUGAUAGUUUGUUCAAUAUUUACUUUAAUUAUUUUCAUCUAAAAAACGAUGAAAUCUAUUAAGGUCACAACGCAAUGAAGGCAAACAAACUGUUUUCUUAACUAAAAUAAAGCCCAAAAUGACCUUUCUAGUGUAAUUUAGAUAAUGAAAACAAAAAAUGUAGAUUGUAUACCAUCUUGGCCUUGAUGUUCAUAGCUCAGACGUCGUCCGAUGAUUAUAAGAAGAUGAAGAUGGUGGUAGAAUAUCAAUAGAAAAUUAUGUGUACUUGACUGUGUAACUUUUUAUUAUGUAUGGUCUGAAAGUCUAAAUACAUACACACAACAAAACUGAAAUGGCAACACUAAAUUCUAAUCUGAAGUGCUGUGGUUCUUGCAGAUAAGGCAAGUGGUAUUGGUUGUUCCAGGAAAAGUAAACAUACUUUGCUCUAUGGAUAAUACUGUCAAUUGUGGAGUCAGUAGCCCUACAAAUACGUAUGUGUAAUUGUGUCUAAAUAUUUAAACCUAUCCUGGCUUGGUUACAUGUAAUAGAUCUUGAUUUAUACAACGGAGUCGAGAUCUGAUCAGAUCUGAUAUACUAUAGACCUUGUAAAACAAACAUAAUGGUAAUUUGAAUAUGUAUUUAAGUUAAUUUGAGUUAAAACAAUAUGUUAUGAUAGUGAUUAAAAUACCAUGUUGAUUCAAAAGAAAGUAUGUAUUUAUAGUGGCUUAUUUUUACAUUGUUGUUUUAUAGAUAAUAUUAUAAGUAUUAGAGUAUUGUGAUAUAAGUUGUGUAUAUAUUAUAUUUGUAUAAAAAUAUAAAAAGAAAAUUAUUCAAUUGAUGUUUAAUGUAAUUAUAUGUACUGUAUACUUUAACAAGGUAUUUUUGGUUAUAUAGACUAUCUACGUAUAUAUCAUAUAGGUAUUUUUUCGUUUGCAAAUAUAAUAAGCUGAAACAUUUUCCUCCUAUCUUUCACAGGGCUAAUGUGCUAACCUCCCAUGCAUGUGCUUUUAAAAUGCAACAUAAUAAUUAUGUCGUAGAAUGUAACAGUGCCAUUUUAUAUGCUUGAGUAAUUGGUCAUUUAAAAAAAAUAUAUAUUACCAUUGAAAACAUGAAAGAGUGCAUAAUACUUGUAUGCAUAUUACAUUUAUCGGUUAACUACCGAAGCAAGAUUACAUAACACUUUAAGCUAUAUUAAUACCGUAAAAAUAUGGAAAAAAAAUUUCUCGAAGAACAAGAUACGUUAACUAUGAUUUGGAAUUUUCAUCAAUAAAUUUCACUUUGCCAAAACAGAAAUAUGUUCACAUUUCCAGCUAACCUGAAAAUAAGAUUUAUAUAUUAUCUUCCUUUCACCCAAACAUUUUAAAACGUAUCCGUUUUUUUUUUCAAGCAUUAAACAUAUACAAUUUGUUCAGAAAGAAACAAUAUUUAUUAUGUAUUUCUGGUCAAUAUUACUCGAUAUUUUAGUUGUAUAGACACAGCUUUUUUGGCUAAGCAUUAAUACCACCCUCCUUUAUACCAGUGACAUAUAUAUAGUGUUAUACCAAAGAUCAAAUACAAUCAAGUAGAAUCUAUUAUUUAGACAUUGAUAUAUGAUAUUUCCUCAUCAACCAGUGCAAGCUUACCUAAAUCAAUGUUAUAACUGUGAAUGUUUUAGUACAGUCAUGUGCAGAAUAUAUUGUAUGCCAUUGCUUUAAGAAUAGUUGAAACCAAGACACCUGAAACUAAAUAGUGACUAGUAUACAUGUCUGUCUUUGUUUGUUCUGUCUUCAUUAGCCUUUAUGGUGCAGAAAAGUAGGACGUUAAACCCCAUUUCAUUUCAUUUCUUUGUUAUGUGAACUCCGCAAAUGAGAAGUAGUGUCUCAUAUUCUAAGUAGAGCGAUAGUUUGGAACUGAAUUUCAGAUGUAAAGAUUGUAGCACUUAGAAUUCUGUGGAACUGGUUAACAGAUGAGUCUCGGAUAUCCAUAGCAACUGUGUGGUGACACCACUUUUCAAUUUGUGCGUAUAUAUUUUAGUUUCAUUUGCUUUUGGUUAACGAAUAUCUACAAAUAUGUUUAUUAUAAAUAGCCUAUUGACUAAGUGGUGUAAAAUGUAUUUUAGAAAGUGAUGAAGAAAUUAAUGUAUGAAAGUCCUAAUAUAUGUUAGAAAUAAUCAUGUGUGUAAUGCUGCCUUAUGUAUUUACAUCAGUUGUGAAUCGUGAUACAGAUUUCUUCUUCAUUAAAUGAUUAAUAUAAAGAUUAUGAAUUGAGUAUUAUUUUGGCUAAACCUAUAUCUGAACAAUAUUUAACAUUGUUAACAUAAAGUUAUAUUUAUAGUACUAUAGUAAAUUGUAAUUAACAUGGAAGGAACAUACUUGUAUGUCUUUUAACAAUAAAUUUAUCUAUCAAUAUUA